AUGUCUGAUGGGCAGCAAAUGCAACAGCCGAACCAGCCAGGCGGACCAUCGCAUCUGAUUGCGGCUCUAAGUUCGCGGGGUGGAGGAGGACCACAACAACAACAGCCAGUGCAACCCGGCGGUGGGCCCAUUCGAGUUCAGCUCCAACAGCAAGGCCGUGCUCCAAUAGUUCCGUACCCGCAAGGGGCAGGAGGACAGCCGGCACCCCCGCAGAUGCGAACGGUGCAACAGGUCUAUCAGCCGUCGUCGAACGGUGUGCCGCAGCAGCGCAUUGUCCAUCAAAUUGCUCAACGUCCAGUGAUGGGACAACCGGCUCAGAUGAUGCGACAAAUUCAUGUCUCUUCAUCCCCUAUCAUGGGCCCACGGCCACCACCUCCACAACCGCAACCGACUCGUGCCCAGCUUGCGCCACUCCCUGGCGGCCAACCUCCACCGCCUGGAACGAAUGUGCAGCCGAUGCUUGCUCCACCCAGUUCUAAUGGCUCGAUCAUGGAUAGGACGCGCAUUGAUGAACUGGCCAGACAGACUAGUGCUAAUACAGUUCUAGACGAUGUUGUAAAGGAUAUGCUCUGUGACUACACCGACGAAUUUGUGAACGAGCUCGCUCGAGACGUGGAAUUCGUACUCGAUAUGGUGUACAAGAUGCCAUCAGCUCCGCGUGCUUCUGUCCAUGUAUUCGGCGCUCCGGCGCCGAUACGCCCAGACCGUAUCACUCCUCAACCCACCGAGGCGCAUAAACAACGCAUGUUACUGAUUAAGAAAGUAGUAAAAAAGCCUUGA